AGUGACUCUUCAGGUGCUGAAACUACGGUGUAUGACGUUGAGAGGAUCCUCGCCCAAGAUGACUUUCAUGGCAAGAUGCUUUAUCUGGUGAAGUGGCAGGGCUACGGUGAGGAACAGUGUACGUGGGAACCUCCACAGAACUUCUCUGAUCCGCAAACAUUGCGAGAAUGGGAAACACGGCUUGACAUCGGAGAUGCACUUGAUGAUGAAGGCGUUGCCGCUCUUCAGGAGCGCAUGAACGCAUAUCAGGAUGCCCAGCAAGCCCAGGAAGAGGAUCAACGCCAACUCAGAGUCUCGAAACGCCGCCGGGUUGUCAAAGCCCCUAAGUCAAGGGAAUUCUCGUCAUCCGAGUCUGAUACUCCAAUGAUCUCAAAACGAUCUAAAAUUGAUGCCAGUUCAGCUGCGCAUCCCACCUCCACACGCUCAAUCAAUUCCAGAACCACUUCAAUAUCCCAAGCUAAUACGGCUGCAGUACCACGCUCCGCCAAUUCUGCAGCAGUUUCCUCCUUCACAGAACAGAAUGUUCCCACACAAGGCGAGAAGGGAAAGGAAACAGCGACUUCGCCUGAGAUCAGAAAACGUUCCAGUGUCACCUUGGUAUGGGGCGUGAAAGGGAAACCCGAGAAUCACAAGCCCAUGUCCGGGCAUCCAUCAGAAAAUCGAGGAGGUGAAAAAUUCAAGAAUCUACGCCAUCAAAACAACUAUGAAAAAGCCGCGAGUCGAAAAGGUGUUCCUGAUAUGUCCCGAAUGGAGCUAAAGUCUUCUGAAGAGUGGGCGAAACAGCGUACAGUGGCCGCACCACUGAGCCCGUUGGCCCAGAGCACUGGUGACUCAUGGCUAUUCAUCCCAGAGGAUGGACGAGCUAGGGUUGCUUCUCCAAUUCCAACAGUAAAGUCCCCAAGUGGGCCGGUUCUGCGUCCUGAAAUUGACGACUCUGCUGUCCCACAAGGCAGCCAACAGAUACAUGCCAGAACUAGUCAGAGCGAAUCUUCUGUGAGCACGAAUGCAGAACAUCAGACUAUGAAGAAAUUGAUUACCACAAAAAGGGGACGGCCAUUCAACAAGGGGGCCGAAUUACUGGUUUAUCUGUCUCUCGGUGGCCAUUCCGUGGGAGAUGUUAAGUUUCUUCAUUUGCCCCUCUGGUUAAGGACAAAGUUCAUGGCGAUUAAAUCUGCGGGUGACGCACUCUUAAAAAUUGAUUUUCCUCAGCAUGAUGUGAAGAACUGGGCAGAGUACCUUGUCUUUGCUAAAGAGUUCAUGGUAGGGGCGCCUUGCGCCUUAGGGGAGAUCGAAGCAUACGAGGACACAAAACUACCGGCCGAUAGUUUAGCAGAAUACCUGGAGCGAGAAAGUGCGUGCGCAAUAUGGUUCUAUCCAGAUCCUCUGGAGACUGUUGUCAUGAUUCUAUAUUCUCAAGCAGCGCCACGGUGGAACCUUCUGGGAAACACUUUGACGACUCCGGCGCAUAAGCAUCGGUUGCGGCUUUUGAUUCGCAAUACCAGGAGUCCACUCUAUAGUACGCAACCCCCACAGGAUCAAGGGGUGCUGCAACGAGCUUCUGGAAUAUUUGCAAACACCGCAACACGAAGGACAGCAUGGACGGAGGAAGGGGCCUCUGAAGCUGGACUUGCAUCUGGUCGGCGUCGGCCAUCAAGGGAUGCCAAUGACACCCUGGUGCACAAUCUCGAAACUGACCAAGCUUGCAAUCGAGUCGAUGUAGCUAAACUCGAUCUCACAGAAAAAGCUGGUACUGGUGACAUGAUGUACGAGAAGCAUUCUCUUUCGAGAGGUGCUUUCCAAUACUUGACCACAGUUUCUUCUCGCAUCAAGGCAGAUCCCAGCAAUGUGAGGAUUUUCAUUGCAUUUGCCAAUCUAUUUCCUUACGAGGCGCAGGUGUUGCGGGAAUGGCUCGGCGAAUUCGUUGAGGCUCGAAACAUCUUCUCCAACACUGAAAAGAACGGGUGGGAGGAAUUCUUGGAAUCGUGGGAGAAAAAAGUAGGAGUGGUUCUCUUUCACCAAGACUUACCGAAUUUCACAUCGUUGAAAAUGCUGAGUUUACGGUUGCAGGGGGAUACUCUGGUAUGCUUCAAUGUCUCGACUGAUACAUCCGGGCGCUUCUCGUUCAGGCGAAUCUUCCCUCGGGGCACCGCAGUGUGUAUUACCGAACCCUGCCUGACUGGAUUCUUGGAGCAAACGCUUGACAUACUCCGAUGGUUUGAAUUCACGACCAAGCAAAAGAAGUCAAACUGGAAGUUAGUCUUGUUUCCUGAUGCAGUGAACAAGUGCCUGCAACGUUUGUGUUCUCUGAACACAGGGGCACAGAAGAUACUUGGCGAGAUAAUCGGAAUCUUGCUCCGACUAACAAAGCCAUUAGUGCGGUCGCCAAUGGAUCCAGACCAGUACAUUAGUGGAGAAAACUUCGACGGCGAGGGUGGCACGAAUGAUAGCUUGGUUCUAUCACCACGUGAGGCAUUGUUUCCAAGCACCCAUGGUGGAUCUGGGACAUUUUCGACAAAUGAGCGAGCACUAAAGGCACGGGAUCAGAAAUUCUCAGAAUACAUACGGGCCUGGACAGUGUUGAAUUGCAUGAAUUACAGAAGAUUCUUUGUGAUAGAUGGCCAUAUGACGAGCGAGACAGAGGCACAUGCACGCCAUAUACAAUUUGGUCACCCUGAGACCUUCAUACAGGAAAAUCAA